AUCAGUGACGUAUAUAAAGUUUACAUUUGUGGGAAGUUAGGUUAUGUUUACAAAGCAAUUAUACCUUGCGUGAUAAUGCACGAAAAUAAUGAUAUUUUGUCACUUUUCAGAAACAAGAAAUGUGUUAACGUAUGUGCGCCAAUGGUCCGCUACAGCAAACUGGCGUUCCGCUCGCUGGUGAGGAAGUACGAAUGCGACCUGUGCUUCACGCCAAUGAUUAUUGCCGAAUCCUUCUUGGCCUCUCCGAAAGCAAGGAGCAGUGAAUUUUCAACUAACAAAGGUGACAGACCUCUUGUGGUGCAGUUUGCCGCUAACAACGCAGACGACUUCGCCAGAGCAGCGGAACUCGUGGCACCGUACUGCGACGGAGUGGACCUGAACUGCGGCUGCCCCCAGCGCUGGGCCAUGAAGGAGGGCUACGGGGCCGACCUCCUGGCGAGGCCGGAGUGCAUCAGGGACAUGGUCCUGGCCGUCAGGAACAGAGUCCCGCGGCCGCUGUCCGUCUCCGCCAAGUUGCGGCUGCUCCCCGACCUGAGGCGCACGGUGGAGCUGUGCCGGAGUCUGGAGCGCGCCGGCGUCUCCUUCCUGACGGUGCACGCGCGCACCCCGGACCAGAGGCACCAGCCCGUCGACGUGGCAGCCCUGCGGCAGCUGCGGGAGAGCGUGGCUCUGCCCCUCGUCGCCAACGGGGACGUGCGGAGUCUGCAGGGAGCCAGCCGGCUGCAGGAGGCCACCGGCUGCCAAGGGGUGAUGAGCGCGCGGGGCCUGCUGGCGAACCCCGCGCUGUUCUCGGGGCAGCCGCGCACGCCGCUGGACUGCGUGCGGCGCUGGGUGGGGCUGGCCGCUCGCACGGGCGCCUCCUACCAGUCCCUGCACCACCACCUGGUCUUCAUGCUGGAGAAGGUGCUGGGGCGAGACCAGCGACUCCGGUUCAACGCCCUGAAGCGACGCGACCAGGUGCUGGACUUCCUGCAAGACGAGCUGGGGGUGGAGGUGUGUGGGGCGCCCCCCGAAGAGGCCCCCGAGGAGUGCAGCUACAGCGAGGGCAGCUACUUCGCGCAGGCCGUGUGCCGCGCCCGCUCCCCUCCCCCCGCCGAGGACUACCUGGACGGGGCCUGCUGCCUAUAUGCGUAGCGAGACCACCAGCCCGCUCACGGGACGCCUGCGGGUGGCACGGACACACGUUUGAGUUUGUGAUUUAAACAUCCAGAAGAUUUUUUUAAGAACAGAAUAAUACAAUACAAACCUGAUUACCAGGUUAAACAUUUUACAAGGGAGAGAAUCUGUGAAGUCGUUAGAAAAUGGUGGCAAUUUUCUGUGGUUGGUGAAGAGAAAAAUAAAGCCACAAUUUUUAUUUGUGA